AUGUACCGACAGUUCUGGAUAGCGGAUGAACAUCGUAGUUUUCAACGGAUACUAUGGCGAGAGGAUCCAAGCGAGCCAAUUAAAAUAUUUCAAUUAAAAACUAUUACGUACGGAACAGUACCCGCAUCAUUUUUAGCAACCGGUUGUCUUGUUAAAUUAGCGGAAACAAUACACAAUACGAAACCCGAAGUUUAUGCAGCGAUAGUCCGUGAUUUUUAUAUGGACGAUUUUCUAGGAGGCGCUGACACGUUAGAAGCAGCGAUGCAACUACGGGACGGACUCAUCGAGGUUUUAGGUUCGGCGGGAUUAAAAUUACAAAAAUGGUCGUCAAAUAAUAUUAAUUUGAUUUCGGACUUAUCGACCGAUGUAAAUAAUUAUGGUAAAAAUAUCGCCACACACGAAAAUAUUGAUAACGCGAUAACCAAAAUACUCGGGCUAUAUUGGAGUUCUAAUGCGGAUACGUUACAAUUCGAAGUACACGAAAAACACCUAAAAAACAGCGAACAAAGUACGAAACGCGAAAUACUGUCAAAAAUAGCGUGUUUAUUCGACCCGCUUGGACUGAUCGGACCAGCUACUAUUCGCGCUAAAUUAAUUUUACAACGGCUAUGGCUGUUGAAAGUGCAAUGGGACGAACCACUUCCAACAAGUAUUCAGGACGAAUGGAAAGCUUAUAGAACGUCAUUAAUAUCAUUAAAUAAUUUAGUUGUGCCCCGUAAAAUAAUGGGCGAUGGCAAAAUAAUCAAUAUUCAAAUUCAUGGUUUCGCCGACGCAAGCAUAGAAGCAUACGGCUGUUGCUUAUUUUUACGAAGCACUAACUCAGAUGGCGUACAUACGUCCAAGUUAAUAUGCGCAAAGUCGAAAGUCGCGCCACUCAAGGUCGUAUCACUACCUCGCUUAGAGUUAGGCCCUCCUCACACGGGGAUACUCAAAAGAAACUGCAAUCACCUAGAUACUAGGAGACUAGGCGACUAG